AUGUUAGAGAAUAUGGCAUCUGAGUUCAUGAAAACCUCUGUCUCUUCUCAAUUCAAUAAGGCCUCCCACUCAACCGAAUCUCCUGCCCACGGUCCAUUCGCGGCGGACGCGGUGAGAAGACCGACCUCCUUCGUAUUCGGCAUUGAGGAAAGGAUCACCGGCCUUGCUGCGUUGCUCAAAAUAUUCGAGGUUAGCUCCUCCACACGGCAUGCAUGCAUUCAUUCUAGUCAUGAACAUAUGCCUAGCAUACCUCAGCUUGGUUUCACACCAGGUGAACGGAUGCCUAUAUUCGCUCUCAGUUGUACAUUUUUGUCAAACACAGCUUAA